CAUAAACGAUUUGGUCGAACCAAACGUGCCCUAAACUAAAUGUGUUAUCCACGCCGAGAGCGUUCGAACCGCAUAUGCCAUUGUCUCCCACACUGAAGAAAGACUUUGGACCAUCUUCACCCUAUCGACUUGUUGUUCUCAAAUCACACACCACCGGCCGGAUAUGACUUCGAUUUCCGCCGCCGCGGCUACCCUCACUGCCAAACUCCUCUGCCCUUACGCCACUUCUUCUUCAUCCUCCAUUCCCUCAAAACCCUCCAAGCUUACCUUGUCCUCUUCGUUUGCACCGACUCUCUCAACCACAUACUUUCUGCACUAUCAUUCCGCCGCCGUCCGUCACCCUCGAUUGAAGGUUCACGCGGCCCGUGGGAAGUUCGAGAGGAAGAAGCCUCACGUCAACAUCGGUACAAUCGGUCACGUCGACCACGGGAAGACUACCCUCACUGCUGCGCUAACCAUGGCUCUGGCCUCCGUAGGCGGGUCUUCGCCCAAGAAAUACGACGAAAUCGACGCCGCACCGGAGGAGAGAGCGCGAGGGAUAACUAUCAAUACGGCGACAGUGGAGUACGAGACGGAGAGCCGGCAUUACGCCCACGUGGACUGCCCGGGACACGCUGAUUACGUCAAGAACAUGAUUACGGGUGCGGCGCAGAUGGACGGCGCCAUUCUGGUGGUUUCCGGAGCGGACGGACCUAUGCCCCAGACUAAGGAGCAUAUAUUGUUGGCCAAGCAAGUGGGGGUCCCCAACAUGGUGGUUUUCUUGAACAAACAGGACCAAGUUGAUGACGAGGAGCUGCUUCAGCUGGUGGAAUUGGAGGUAAGAGAGCUGUUAUCUUCUUAUGAUUUCCCGGGUGAUGAUAUCCCUAUAGUGUCUGGCUCGGCCCUUUUAGCCCUAGAGGCAUUGAUGGCUAACCCUAGCAUGAAAAGAGGGGAUAAUGAAUGGGUGGAUAAGAUAUAUGAUCUUAUGGACUCUGUAGAUGAGUACAUCCCGAUCCCUCAAAGACAGGUUGAGUUACCAUUCUUGAUGGCGGUGGAAGACGUGUUCUCCAUUACAGGUAGAGGUACAGUGGCAACAGGCAGGAUAGAGAGGGGGACGGUGAAGGUGGGUGACACUGUUGAUCUAGUGGGCCUUAGGGCUACGAGGAACACCACAGUGACCGGGGUCGAGAUGUUCCAGAAGAUCCUAGACGAUGCAAUGGCAGGGGAUAAUGUGGGGCUGUUGCUGAGAGGGAUACAGAAAGCGGAUAUCCAGAGGGGCAUGGUUUUGGCAAAGCCAGGAACGAUCACCCCGCACACAAAGUUUGAAUGCAUUGUAUAUGUGUUGAAGAAGGAGGAAGGUGGGAGACAUUCUCCUUUUUUUGCGGGUUACAGGCCGCAGUUCUACAUGAGAACAACUGAUGUGACGGGAAAGGUGAUCGGGAUAAAGAACGAUAAGGACGAGGAGGAGUCUAAGAUGGUGAUGCCGGGGGAUCGUGUGAAUAUGGUUGUUGAGCUCAUCAUGCCAGUUGCUUGUGAACAAGGGAUGAGAUUUGCCAUUAGGGAAGGUGGGAAGACUGUCGGGGCCGGCGUCAUCCAGAAAAUUCUGGAGUGAUUAUAAUUUAUAAGUAUUACUUCAUCUAAUCACUGUGCGCUGCAGCAGGCUGCUGCAGCAGCAGCAGCAGCAUUGUAUCUCCAUCCAUGCUCUACAUUUUUACUUUUUCUCAAAAAAUGAAGACUUUUGUGUGUGUCAAUUUUUUUGUUUGUGUUUUAUGAUGCACUUUUAGUUGAGCUUGAGAAUUGGCAGUGUUGUUAGUACUACUUAAAAGGAUCAUGCAUCAGCUCUGCUUUCUAUGUAGCUUUGGAUGGAUGCAGGAGUGUUUUAGAAAUGAAAAAUGUUGAGAGGAAAAUAGUUCACCAAGCAGUGAAUGAAUGAGAGUGAAUGUAUAUCCAUCCCUGCGCGUGUUGUUGCUUGAAUGCCAACAUGAACGCACUAGCGACACAGUGUCUUGUAUCCCUGUAAAGUGUAUGUAUGAUAAUGAUAUGGUGUUACUACUACACUGCACCUAUUUGCAGCCGCUUG